AAAAACGGCAAUUAACGGCUCAUUUCUCACGCUUUCCACUCUCUCUCUCUCUCUCUCUCUCUCUCUUCUUCUUCUUCCUCCUCGGCCUCUCUCGUCGUCGGUUAUUUCAAAGCAGAUAGAGCAAUUUGGCUUCUCAGCCGUUGGAUUUAUUUUUGUUGGUCUGAGAUUCUGAGGACAGCACAGAUCAUCAUCCAUGUUUGUCAGAAAGCUUGUGGAGAAGGCUUCCAAGAAGCCUGGAGGAAAUUCUGAUAUUGAUAAGGGCAGUGAUAUCAAUCCACGUGUAGUAUUCCAUCAUGGAAUACCAUCAGGCUGUAACUUGUUGGCUUAUGACUCCAUCCAAAAAUUACUUGCAACUUCAACCAAGGAUGGCAGAAUCAAAUUGUUUGGCAAAGAUAACACUCAAGCUCUACUUGAGUCUGUCAAUGCAGUUCCAAGCAAGUUCUUACAGUUUAUGGAGAACCAAGGGAUCCUUAUAAAUGUAAAUAUCAGAAACCACAUUGAGGUUUGGGACAUUGAAAAGAACUUGUUUGCUGAUGUUCAUCCCUUUCAAGAAGAUAUAACCUCGUUCACUGUUAUGCAGCAUAGUCCAUACAUGUAUGUUGGAGAUUCUGCUGGUAAUGUUACGGUUUUGAAGCUUGAGCAAGAACAUAUAGUCCAAAUGAAAUACACUAUACCUUACUCAGUUUCUCAUGGGAAUAAUCCAACUGAAGUUGCUGGUGAUACUGCUGUGAUGCAUAUACUACCUCAACCAACAGCUGAAAGUAAGAGGGUUCUGAUAAUUUUUAGAGAUGGUAUAAUAUCAUUAUGGGACAUUCGAGAAAGCAAAUCUGUAUACACAGUGGGAGGAAAUCCAUUGCAAUCACUUCAUCAGGAAGGGAAAAAGGUGACCUCUGCAUGCUGGGCAUGUCCCUUUGGGAGUAAAGUUGUUGUUGGCUACAAUAAUGGAGAGAUUUGUAUCUGGAGUAUUCCAAGAACUGAAUUUCCUUCAGAGUCUAGCACGCAAAUUGCUCCAAUAUCUAAACUAAAUCUUGGAUAUAAGUUGGACAAAGUGCCUAUAGCAUCACUGAGAUGGGCUUAUGCCGAUGGGAAGGCAAAUCGGUUAUAUGUUAUGGGCGCGUCUGAAAUCGCAUCUUCAAACUUGUUGCAGGUAAUUCUGUUGAAUGAGUAUACCGAAGGUCGAACUAUCAAAUUAGGGCUUCAACUGCCGGAGCCUUGUGUUGACAUGGGGAUCAUUUCAAGCUUUAGUGAGCAAAGCAAACAUAGGCAAGACUGUUUUCUUUUGCUUGGUAACUCAGGACAUCUUUAUGCCUAUGAUGAUCGUUCCAUUGAGAAGUAUCUUUUACAAAGCCAAUCUAAGUCUUCGCCUUCGUUACCAAGGGAUAUCAUGGUGAAGAUACCAUUUGUUGACUCAAAGAUUACCAUAGCAAAAUUCAUCACACAAAAUACCCACAUGCUAAGUUCUGCAGAUGAGGACUACCUUCUGCUGGCGAAAAGCUUUCCAUCUCUCCUUUCUUUCGAGACAAAACUGAAAGAUGGGACUCAGUUAAAUGCAUCCCGUUUUACUGGAUUUUCAAAAGUUAAAAAUUUGUACAUAACUGGACACAGUGAUGGAGCCAUAAAUUUUUGGGAUUUGUCAUGUCCACUUUUAAUACCAAUUAUAUCAUUAAAGCAACAGAGUGAGGAUGAUCUUUCUUUAAGUGGUAUACCACUUACAGCGUUGUUUUUCAAUUUGAACUCCCGACUUCUUGUUUCUGGAGAUCAGAGUGGAACAGUUCGAAUCUUUAGACUCAAACCAGAACCAUAUGCCAACGUGAGCAGUUUCCUGUCUCUUCAAGGAAGUACAAAGAAAGGAAAUGAUCACAUCAUCCAAAGUGUGAAACUUUCUAAGGUUAAUGGUUCUGUAAUUUCUGUGAACAUAAACCAGAGCACAGGACAUCUUGCUGUCGGGUCUAGUAAAGGAUAUGUUUCGGUUAUUGAUAUAGAAGGGCCAACUCUGUUAUAUCAAAAGCACAUUGCAAGUGAAAUAUCCACCGGCAUUGUCUCCCUGCAUUUCCAAACCUGCAGUUUUCAUGGUUUUGACAAGAACAUCUUAGCAGUUGCAACAGAGGACUCAUCCGUUUUGGCUCUUGAUAGUGAUAAUGGAAACACAUUGAGCACCAGUUUGGUUCAUCCGAAGAAAUCCACUAGAGCACUUUUCAUGCAGCUUUUGGAUGCGCAUGAUACACUGGUAAACAGAUCGAAUAUAUUGAAUGGUCUUGAUUUGAUAAAAGGGAGUAGUACAGUUGACGACACCACACAAAAGCAGUUUCUGCUACUGCUGUGUUCUGAGAAAGCUGCAUACAUAUACUCCUUCACACAUAUCAUGCAGGGAGUUAAGAAGGUAAUCUACAAGAAGAAGUUCCAAUCAUCUUGCUGCUGGGCAUCAACAUUUCAAACCUCCAAUGAUUUAGGCCUUGUUCUCCUUUUUACAAGUGGAAAAAUUGAAAUAAGGUCCUUGCCAGAUAUAUCCUUCAUAAAGGAGACUUCAAUAAGAGGCUUCACAUACUCCACUCCGAAACCAAAUUCAUUUUCUGACAGUUCGAUAUGUUCUUCGUGCGAAGGAGAACUUGUUAUGGUGAACGGUGAUCAGGAAAUCUUUCUCUUUGCUCUUUCGCUCCACAACAAAAGCUUCGGGCUGUUAGACUUUUUCAACUCGACUUACCAGAAAGAUUUGAUAGUUUCACAAGAAGAGCUUGUCGCUGGAUGUGCCACUCCAAAGGAGAAGAAAAAGGGUAUAUUUAGCUCAGUCAUUAAAGAUAUCGUGGGAAGCAAACCGAAGAAUGUACCUGAGAUAGAAACUGCAGAUACUAGAGAAAGUAUCGAAGAACUUUCGGCUAUCUUUUCAUCUGCUAACUUUCGAGUUGACGCUGAGAAUACAAAUCACCAGACUGUGGAUGAUGAUGAUCUUCAGCUAGACCUAGAUGACAUUGACAUCGACAUGGACAUGGACAUUCCUGGAGACAAACCGAAAGAGCAGAAUAUGUUGGCAGCUCUGAACAAGGAGAAGUUGACAAGCAAAUUUAUGGCCUUUAAAGGUAAAGUGAUGAAACAGAUGAAGUCGAAAAAUGAGAAAAACUCCGGUAAGCAGGAAGAGCAACAGGAUGAGAAGGUUGGUCAAGUUGACGAAAUUAAGAAGCGAUAUGGAUUUUCGUCAAGUGAAUCAAACAUUGCUAAAAUAGCACAAAGCAAGCUGCAGGAGAAUACGAGAAAGUUGCAGGGCAUUAACCUAAGAGCUGCAGAUAUGCAAGACACAGCUCAAUCAUUCUCAUCCUUGGCGAAAGAAGUGUUGCGAACCGAACAGGAUAGGCGAAACUCAUGACCCCGACUCAGCUCGUCUUUGAAAUCGAACUGAAAUUAUACGUUCUUGUUCAUUUGGUUUGUUUUUGGGUUUGAAAUCUAUCUUGUUUGUUUGAUACAUACAGUUUUCUUUAAUUCUUUUGCACAUAAUGGAUGUAAAAAACAAAGAAACUUCUGCAUAUAUAAUCAGGAAAUUUGAGUUGCAUGGAUGAAA